AUGUCACCAGCUACAGCCACCCGGAAAGGAGAUGGUGGUGACAUUGUAGCGGCAAAAAAAUGCCUAGGGCUACGAUGGCGCUUCAAGGGCAAGGCCGCAGACGGCCGUCGGAUCUUGCGGUUCACAGCUUCGCUGGCGGCUUGGAGCAACACGACGCUGGACUAUUCUGGUGCUCCUCCGGCGAUUUGCGACCUCGACAGCGGAGUAGCGGACGGCAACAGGUGGCGAUCGGAUCCUGGGAUGCAACGGCGGCUGGGGGAACUCUCAUAUCGUGGUGGCGACUAUAGAAGUGUAUUAGAUUUAGGGUUGCUCAAUGAAAUAGUCUCCAACGGGAAUGGAAGGCACGAGUUUAAGUCCAGUGACCCCAUUCAAACUUUUAACGAAUUUGGCAACUCUGGUCCCUCCAUGCCCCUUUUUCAAAUGUAA